GGGGUAAGCAACAGAGUAGUAUGUAUCUGCCCCGGGGCAUUAUCUGCUACGCAUGCACGAUAAUUAAUAGACCCCUCAGCUACCAUGUUCCCACCCUCAGAAUGAUAAGCUGCCAAACUAUUAUCUUAGGCCUCGAAAGAACUAAGCUGUGAGCUGAAGCACGAGUUAUUGGUGCACAGUCCGAGACUUCUCUAACCAACCAAUCAGAAUUCAUGCAGCGCAUGUUCAGUCUUGAGUCGGUGAACACAAUACAAAGUAAUCCUGCAUGUAGCUCUCGAUGAAUGCAAGAAAUGCGGAAAUACAGGGGGCGAAGACCGGCGAACUGGACCAACCCGAGUUUAUGCCUACCAUGCUUGUUGUGAUUCCUGUUACAAAGAAAUGAAACGACGGGACAUAGUGGCGAAAGGACUAUAGAGAUCAAUAUUUCCAGAAGGCUGCUAAACUCCACGAAAAGGACUCGUUUUCGGCACCUGACCAGGCAUGGUAUGAUCAGUCUAGUGUAUUGAUCGAAGGGCAACACGAGAGUAUCCGUGGUCUCAUCUUUUUAGAAACUCGGGACUCACUGACUAUCGCGGGCGUGCUAGAAGGAUGAUGCGCGGCCCGCGUUCUUCGAGUUUUCCUAUUUGGGUCAAAGUCCUAGUGUCAAAGUCCUAGUGUCGAUGGCUGAGCGCCGGGUAGAUACUGAGCGUUAAAAUUAGGUGUAUUGCAAUAUUUGAUGAGGUUGGCAGAAGCCCGAGGAGUUGGGCUCGGAGUAUCUUUUUUCUUCUUAUUUUGAUUUGUCAUUUAUUUUAUUUCCCCCCCCCCCCGUAUCGUUUGACCUGCCAACUUAGGAAUGAUGAUAUUACACAAGGAUAAUGUCAUGAUAUAAGUUUUCUUAGUGUUCUUUUUUUGGAAUUGUGCAGAGCCGUUUGUAUCUUACUGCGUGGAGGCUUCAAAUAGAUGAUGAUGGCUAUGCAGAUAUAGUGUCAUUAUAUAACCGACAUGUUUCAUGGAUUUUCUCCUCCAAGCAUUGAUUGUCUCAUAAUCGAUAGCCAAUAGCGGUAUGGACUAUGAUGUGCAUGAAAAUAAAGUGGGUGAAAUGAAAGACGGUUGAGAAAAGAUUGGGGGGGGAAAAAAAGGAGCGAUCCAUUGGAAAGGAGGUGGAAUCAAUGCAGAUACCCUCGGCCUACUGCAAGGCAAAUUGAGGGAUUGAGCAAUCACAUCCCUUUUCUGCGCCAAGAUAGACUGGAUUAUAUUCCUUGGUAGCGGGUAGACAAUAUAAUCGAUGGUCCUGCGGGAUCAUCGAGUGAUUCCAGCGUGUUGGGCAGCGCUCUGAUCUCCUCGCGGCAGAAGGCAACAAUUGACCUCCUAUGUAAUACGUCAGGUGGCAAGUUGACAGCGAUCCCUACGGUUGUUCCAGAAGCACGCUUAACUGUUGUACGAGGGAUAUCUUGAUGAUCCUCCACGGCACACGGCAACGCCAUCGCAAUUAGUCUGUUCCAACGGGUCUGAUAAAUGAACCUAGCAGAGUUGCUGACCAAUAUACGGCCAUCUUGUCGACACUACGAAGCAGCUAGAAGGACCAUCCAGUGUCUCCAGUUCCUUCUCUGCCGUUUCUACGAACCUCCUUAAACCUUCUAGAAUUCCAAAGGAAUAAAACGGCGUCACCAGUUAGUGGCAUGCUAAAUUGCUAAUAGUGGCUCGGGGGUCAGGCCAAUUCGGGGGUCCUUCAGGUAGUUCCCCUAGUGCGUGAAUGGCCCCAUUCCAUCCAGCGAUCCUUCACUACACACGAUUGCUACUGGUUGAUAGAAGACCUGACCCAUGGCUGGCUUGUCGGGUAGUAGGGACGGGCCUGCGCCGAGUGGGGCUCCGCGUUCCCCGACUCCUCCGGUGCAAUAAGAAGUCCCACAAAUCUCCACUCUUUGCUUCCCGGCUGGUUGGAUCACAUCCCCUUAUGGAUCAUUUCCCGGCCGUGGCUAUUAAUGGGUGGAUACUAACUAUGGGGGUGGUUGUGUGUGCGGUGUCUUUCCGUUGAUUCUCUCCUCCGUUCUCAGUUUGCCCACAGUGAAUGCCCAUUUCUCUGUAGUUAGUCUGCCUGGUGGGUGACCACUCCUCCGGCAAUUUUUGUUAUAAUUUUAUUUUACCUUUUUUUUUUUUUGUUUUUCUUUUUCCUUUUGGUUUUU